UGAGAAACCUAUGUUUGUUUUGUAGACUUUCACGACACAUCCCAUGUCAUCUCUCUCAUCAUUUGCAUUAUCAUCUAUUUAUAAAUCAAAAAGACCCCAAAAAGAAAUAUCACUCAGUAUUUGAGUUAUGUGAGCAAUGCCCACUGUGUUUCACUGUUCACUUGAGUGAAUCCUCUUUUGCUGCUCUCAUCUCCUUCAGAUCUGUUCAUGAGCCUAAACUGCUUUUUGGGUAUUGCUUAAAUUUCUCAAUUUGGCACAUUUUUUGAGCUCCAUCAGUGUUUGAUUAAAUUCCCAAACGGAGGCAAUCCCUAAACAAUCAAACACCAGUUUGUAGAAAAAAGCCAUGGAAGAAGAAGAUAACUAUACAAAAGAUGGGACCGUAGAUUACCGUGGUAAUCCGGCCAAUAAGAAGAAAACAGGAACCUGGAAAGCCUGCCCUUACAUCCUAGGGAAUGAAUGUUGUGAAAGAUUAGCAUACUAUGGAAUGAGCUCCAAUUUGGUGCUUUAUUUCAAGCAUCAACUCAACCAGCCGAGUGCAACUGCUUCCAAAAAUCAAUCAGAUUGGUCCGGGACAUGCUACAUCACACCGCUGAUUGGUGCAUUUGUUGCCGAUGCCUAUCUAGGAAGAUAUUGGACCAUUGCCUGCUUCUCAAUCAUCUAUGUCUUUGGAAUGACACUGUUGACAUUGUCAGCGACAGUGCACGGCCUAAAGCCGACCUGUUACGCAAAAGAUGAUUGCCACCCAACACAUGCACAGAGCGCAGUUGUUUUCGUUGCACUUUACCUGAUAGCACUGGCGACCGGUGGGAUUAAGCCAUGUGUCUCAUCCUACGGUGCAGAUCAGUUCGAUGAUGCUGAUGAGACUGAGAAGAAGCACAAGAGCUCUUUCUUCAAUUGGUUCUACUUUUCAGUCAACGUUGGUGCACUCAUUGCCUCUUCUGUGCUGGUCUACAUACAAGACAAUGUGAGUUGGGGAUGGGGUUUUGGCAUUCCAGCGGUGACCAUGGCGAUUGCUGUGGCGAGUUUCUUUUCUGGGACCCGCUUAUAUAGGAACCAGAAGCCUGGGGGAAGCCCUCUGACACGCAUAUGUCAGGUGAUCGUAGCGUCGUUGAUGAAAUAUCGGGUUAAAGUGCCAGAAGAUAAGGCUCUUUUGUAUGAGACUAAUGAUGGAGAGUCUGCUAGUAUAGAAGGAAGCCGCAAGCUUGAUCACACAAAAGAUCUUGGUUUCUUUGACAAGGCGGCUGUGGAGAUACAAUCGGAUCAUAGAAAUAGCUCACUGGACCCAUGGAGACUCUGCACAGUGACACAAGUUGAGGAGCUCAAAGCCAUCGUGCGAUUGCUUCCUAUAUGGGCAACCGGCAUCAUCUUCUCCACGGUCUACAACCAAAUGGGCAAUUUCUUCGUGUUGCAAGGAGAGAGAAUGAACACUCAUGUUGGCAAAAGCAGCUUCAAGAUCCCACCUGCCUCACUAGGCAUUUUUGACACCCUCAGUGUCCUCUUUUGGGUCCCAGUCUAUGAUCGAAUUAUCGUCCCAGUGGCUAGAAAAUACACAGGACACAAAAGUGGCCUGACACAGCUCCAGCGAAUGGGCAUAGGCCUCGUCAUAUCAAUCUUUUCCAUGUUAUCCGCGGGGAUUUUGGAGCUUAUUAGGCUUAAAAUAGUGAAAAAGAACAACUACUAUGAUCUCCCGGAGAUGCCCAUGUCAAUUUUUUGGCAAGUUCCACAAUAUUUCCUCGUUGGGUGCGCGGAGGUGUUCACAUUCAUUGGCCAGUUGGAGUUCUUCUAUGAGCAAGCACCCGAUGCCAUGAGAAGUCUCUGCUCUGCUCUAUCGCUCACCACAGUUGCACUAGGGAACUACUUGAGCUCUCUUUUGGUGACUAUUGUGACCUCUAUUAGUACUAGGAAUGGGAAUCUUGGGUGGAUACCAGACAAUCUCAACCGUGGUCACCUUGAUUACUUUUUCUGGCUUUUGACCGUGUUGAGUGUGCUCAAUUUGGGAGUUUAUCUCUUGGUGGCAAAGUGGUACACCUACAAAAGGCCGGUGGGGACUGUCCGUUCAGAUAAAAAGUAGUCUCAAAAUAAAAUAUUUGGUGUAAAUUAAAAUUUUAGGUGAUGUAAGUUAUACCCAGAAUGAAUCUAGUCUAUACUUCAUUUAUGGACUAUUUUUUCUGAUUUCGUGGCAUUGUUGAAAAUGGAGUGUCAGUGUGUUGUAAGCAAUAUACAUAUAGUCGUGAAAUUUUCUUUUUUGUUUUCUUGGCUUUUACUACUGUGAUUCUAGCUAAAGCUUUGUGUAAAUGUAGUCUGCUUUCAAAUAUCAUCUGCUAUACAGUAUGUAAAGAAAACCACAGUACAUUCUAUGUGGUUGUGUUAGUAGUAUGCUUAA